CUAAAUACAUAUACAAAUUAGUUAAUUAUAGGGUGGUUUUGGAGGAAUAACACUAUUCAUUGGGGAAAUCCAGUAAAGCUUCUUGCAGAUGACAUCUGAGCUGCAUCCUUAAGAGUUUCAGAAGUCAGGAGAAAGCUCACUCCAAGCACAGAAGAUGAUCAAUAUAAAGGAGGAAUGUGUGAGGAAUAGCAAGAAAUCCAGUUGGAAUGAAUUGCAGAAUGCAGGAAAGAGGAGAGACAUGUCCAGUGUGACUCUAAAGGAGAAGAAAGCAGAUUUGAAAAUAGAAUACUCAUGACCAUUAUAUGUCUACAUAAAUGAUAUUCUCAGGAAGACUUCCUUUUCUCUACCCUCCCAUUAACCUCUUUCCCUCCACCUUUCCAUCAACCUCCUUCCCUCCAUCUUCCAUCAACUUCCUCCCUUUCACCUUCCCAUCAAUCUCUUUCCCUCCACACUUCUCUCCACCCUCCCAUCUUCCCAUCAACCUCCUUCUCUCUGCCUGCACCCUAACUACAUCUUCCUUAGGCUAAGCUUCUCUCUUUGUACUAAAUUUAUCUUUCAGCUCCUCUUUUUUUGCUCAAGAGCUACUCACUGGGGAGAUGAGCAAACAAUGGACUGUUUUCACAGAGGGAUAACUUAGUCCGCCACAAGUAGAGACCUUCCAAAGAGCUGAUGCUAAUCCUGUUGGAGGCUUCUCAUACCUCCAUCCUGUCUCAUCUGGUCCUGUUCCUUUCAGAACUGAAUACAGCUCAGUUUUUGUUGCAUGGCGAGUUACUGCCUGUCCCUGGUUUAGAGAGCAGCAGGAUUCAUUCCCUUUUUGGGACACAGCAGCCACAGAAAGUUAAUGUUUGGAACCGAAAAGAAGGAAUAGCUUCAGGCAGAAAGCUGGAUUCAAUAAAAACUGAGACUUUUAGGGCCACUGUAACGGGAACUGAGGAGAAAACAGGUUAUCUCCUGCUGAAGCUUCUCCUGGGGCUUUGCUGUGGAAUCCUUCUUAGCUGAAGGACUUACAUGAGGUCUCCCUUUCCUGCUUUCCAUUUAUGGGGGCUCAUUUUCCUUUUGGUUGGGAUGCUAAUGGUGUCAUUUUUCAGUCCUGUCCAUCUCUUUGUGGCCCCAUUUAAGCUUUUCUUGGCAGAUAUUUGCCGUUUCCUUCUCCACCUUUCUGACAGAUGAGAAACCGAGGCACAAAAGGUGAUGUGACUUGCCCAGAGUAACCCAGCUAGUUAAGUGUCUGAGGUCAGAUCUGAAUUCAAGAAGAUGAGUCUUUCUAACCCAAGAUCCUGUCUAUUGUGCCACCCCACAAAAAAAGUGAACACAAAGGGAAGGGGGCACCUUGUGGCUUUGAUGAAAUCUGUGAAUCAUGUCAGAGUCAGUAACAUAGCCCGGGUCCCGGCUGCCUCCUGACAGCUUGUGGGGCCAUGUGGGAUGGGUUUGUGGCUCUGGGUGUUUGCUGACAGACCUGCUAAUUAAACACCAAAAGGCAGUGUGGCUCUGCCAGUAACUGAUGGCUGUGCCAAUGUUAUCAGCUGGGUUUUGUGUUUUCCCUACAACUGGCUGCCAGGAGCAUCCUAAUUAAAAAUAAACAGCCUUGUCAGGGUGGUCAUUUGAGUGCUUCCUUUUCCUCCUCUCCCUCCCUACCUGGGUUACCUAGGACUUUAGGAAAGGGGCCAGACUAAGUGACCUGGUAACCUUCAGCCAGCGCUGUUCCAAACUGGUCCCUGUUGGAUAGGGAGGCUGAACGACUGAUGUGAUUUACCUUGUUCUCUAAAAUCCUCUCUGAUUCAAAGAGGGAUCAGCUCAAGUGACGGGCGGAAAGGAGCAGAAUACUUGACGAAGGUCCAGGACUGUGAAGGGAAGGCUGCCUGUGACUUGUGGUUGAAUGGUUUUGUCCUCGGGGUCUCUGGAGUGAAGGGACAGCUAAAGAGCAGAGCCUCUCCUUGGAGGGGUUAGAAUUUCAUUGGAGAGUGGCCGGUCACAUGAGGACUUUUGGCUCCCACUCCAUGGCAAGCUGGACACAAGCAUGUCAGGACUGAGAGAGUUGAUCGUUACAGGCUUUGACUGGGGUGGAGGGGGGGGACAGUCCCACCCUGAUCCGGAGAAAGAGAGAGCUCUCAUAGCCCAAGGAGACAGCAGCAGCAGCAGCAGCAGCAGCAGCAGGAACAGCCGGGGACUAUGCAGCCUGGAAGGCAGCUCCCAGAAAACUUCUGAAGCUUUCUGUGAACCCUAGAGAAAGUGUGUGGUCUCUGGGCCAGAAAAUCGGAAGAUGCCUAAGGAAUGCAAUGCUUUUCAUACGCUCUCGGCGGCUUUGUGCUGCUUUUAUCACCGGAAGUCUGUCAUUGGAGUGAAGUUCUCCAAGGAGAGACACAUAAUGGACAGGAGCCCUGAGAAGCUGCUGAAGAAGGAACUGGAGGAGGAGCUGCAGCUCAGCGGCGAGGAUUUACGCAGCCACGCCUGGUAUCACGGGCGCAUUCCGCGACAGGUAUCAGAGAGUCUUGUGCAGCGAGAUGGAGACUUCUUGGUACGGGAUUCUCUCUCUAGUCCUGGAAACUUUGUCUUGACCUGUCAGUGGAAGAAUACAGCCCAACAUUUCAAGAUCAGCAAGACAGUUCUCCGUCUCAAUGAAGCUUACUGCCGUAUCCAGUAUCAGUUUGACCAGGAAAGUUUUGACACCAUCCCAGGUUUGGUCAGAUGCUACGUGGGGAAUCGUCGGCCAAUAUCCCAGCAGAGUGGGGCUAUUAUUUUCCAGCCCAUCAACAGGACUGUACCACUGAGAUGUCUGGAGGAGAGGUAUGGUACUUCUCCCACCCGGUCAAGGGAAUACAGCCUCUCAGAGGGAAAAAUGGAAACCACAAAAAGACUGAGCCUCAAUAUGUGCAAUGUGCCAUCUCGAGAACAGAGUUUGGCCAGAGGAAAUCUUCUAAGAAAUAAAGAAAAAAGUGGGAGCCAGCCUGCAUGCCUGGAUCACAUGCAGGAUAAAAGGUCCUUGUCCCUCAAGGCCCACCAGUCAGAAAGUUACCUGCCAAUUGGUUCUAAGCUGCCACUCCAGUCCUCUGGAGUAGACACAAGCCCCUGCCCAAAUUCCCCGGUGUUCAGGACAGGCAGUGAGCCGACACUCAGCCCCACGGUGGUGCGGAGGGUUUCCUUGGAAGCCCAGGUCCCCGGGGAAGCCCUGCGAGGAUCGGACAGCCAGCUGUACCCCAAACCUCCACCUAAGCCCAGUAAAGUGCCUUUCUUCAAGCCACCUCCGUCUCCUUCCACUUGGCACAACUUUGAGGCAAACUAUUGUGAACUCAACCCUGCCUUUCCCCCUGGCUUCUGUGGGACAAAGCAGGCUCUGUGUCCCCAGAGCGGCUGUGGGGAGCCCCCGAAGACCAGGGAGAACGGGGCCCUCUCGUUCCGAAACUCUGGCACCAACUAUCUGAUCCUGGACGACGACGCUCCGAGGCCUUCUCGGGCCCUCUUGGCUGCCCAGAUGGAGAAGGGACAGGAAGGUGGCGGGGUGUUUGUGACACCCUUUCUGGAGACAGUCUCUUCCUUCAGACCCAAUGACUUUGAAUCCAAACUCCUUCCUCCUGAAAACAAGCCUCUGGAAACAUCAAUGUUGAAACGAGCCAAGGAGUUGUUCACCAAUAAUGAUCCCAAGGUUAUCGCCAAGCACAUGCUGAAGAUGGACUGCAAGGUUGCUAGGAUACUAGAGGUCUCUGAAGAGAUGAAAAGGAUCAUGGGAGUAAGCUCGGGUCUGGAACUCAUUACCUUGCCUUAUGGACACCAACUGCGCCUGGAUAUCAUCGAAAGACACAACACCAUGGCCAUAGGCAUAGCGGUGGAUAUCCUCGGCUGCACGGGUAGUUUGGAGGAGAGAGCAGCAACCCUCCAUAAGAUCAUUCAGGUGGCUGUGGAAUUGAAGGACUCCAUGGGGGACUUGUAUGCGUUCUCCGCCAUCAUGAAAGCCUUGGAAAUGCCACAAAUUACAAGGUUAGAACAGACUUGGACUGCUUUACGACACCAGUACACCCAGACAGCAAUCCUGUACGAAAAGCAACUGAAACCUUUCAGCAAAACUUUACACGAAGGCAAAGAGACCAUAUGUGUUCCUCAAAACAAGGUAACAGUCCCACUGCUUAUGCCUCUGGUGACCUUGAUGGAGCGGCAGGUAGUCACUUUUGAAGGAACAGACAUGUGGGAAAAAAAUGAUCAAAGCUGUGAAAUCAUGCUGAGCCAUCUAGAAACAGCCCGAUUCAUAGCGCAGGCUGCAGACAUGUAUCGGGCAAAUGCAGAGAGUAUCCUCGAAGGUUUUCAGGCGGAUGAAGAGAUGAAUGAAAUCUUCAAGACUGAAUUUCAGAUGAGAUUGCUAUGGGGAAGCAAAGGAGCACAAGUCAAUCAAACUGAGAGAUAUGAGAAAUUCAACCAGAUUUUAACUGCACUCUCACGAAAAUUAGAACCUCCUCCUUUGAAGCAUGCAGAACUCUGAAGAGUCUUCAAAGAAUCAUAAGAUAUUAUUUCAACCUUACCCAAUUUUCUCUUUGGGAAAAUUUAUCAU